AGUGCUUUCAGGAGGAGUGGUGUUGCUGUGAAGAAAUGUCUGUAUUUGGGUGGCAGGAGGGUUUCAGAGAUCACCAGGGUCCUGCCUGUGUCUGCUCCAGUUACAUCUGAAGACAAGGAGAGGAGAAGGGAAGCUGCUGGAUUUCUUGCUGUGGCUCAUCUUCACCUCCUGCUCUGCCUGCUCAGAUGCUGUGGUCAAGACCUGCUCUACUCCCGAGCUGUGGGUUUGAGCCAUGACUCGGGGAGCAGAACAGUUCUGAAGAUGUACAUAGGGUGCUUUUAGUGCUCUGCCAUGGUAGGAAGGAUUUCCUUUCCGCUGAUGGAGCUGCUGCCCUGGUGACCACCACAGCAAUGCCAACAUUUCUUGUGCCACCUGAACUGUGUCUGAGUGGCUGCUGUGCAACAAGAAGGUGCUUUGUACAGAGAUCUGCAGGCAGGUAGUGUGGGAGGAUGUGGCAGAUGCAGGGAGCGGUGAUGGGGUGCAGUGGGGGACACUGACACCCACCCAGCUGCCUGGUUUGAUGGAGAUACUUUAUCUAAAAGUAAAGUUGCUGGCACAAGGUCCUGCUGUGAUCGUAAGAAUUAAACUUAGGCCUUUGUUAUCUCACGGCACCCAAAACUGGGGGCAUCGUCUGACUGCUUUGCUUCCAUCCUGGCAUGGCUCUCCCUGCCACAUCCAAUAACCCAAACCCUACAUGCAAACCCAUUUGGUACACCUGGAUAUUGCAGAAUGCAGGGCAAGCUUCCCUCUGUGGCAAGGCUGUGCCCAUUGCUCUGUGGUUAACUGGGAAGCUGCUGGUAUUUAAACAUAGACUGUUUUUGUGCUUCCUCACUUGAAGAUAGAGCUUUGCAGGGAUGUACUCCUGAACUAUCAGGCUCGGAACAACGUGUCCCUCAGUUUCUGAUAUUGAAGGUUCUGUUUCCCCAGGGUGAAAUCUGCAGAAGGAAGGAAGAGCAUUUUACAACUCCAAGUAGUAAGGGGAACUUUAGUUUUGCUUGCCAUCAUUGUCUGGUCCAGCUGUCAGUAUUCCUUAGUGAAAAGUGACCCUAGGAGUUGCAUUAUGUUUACUGCAGAAUACUGUUUUCUCUUUCUAGAUGCAGAGAUUGGCUCUAGAGAGACUGAGGCAUCUCUGAGCUCACUGCUGCUGUGGCUGGGACAGACCAGGGACACUGCACAUCUGAAGACUUCCUACUUUGCACCAGCCUAACUUGUGCCUGUACAAAAGCCCCGUGCAGUGUUUGGAGGCAGCCAAAUGGCUCCGGGGGAUAGGGCUGUUAUCUGCAGCAGCUUCACGGUCACAGGGGAAGGAACAGCUCCACAACCUGACACUUCUCAGCUGUGGAGCUGGCCUGGACCAACUCCAGAGCUUGUGGCUAGGUGGCAGCUCUGCAGGCUCGGUGCACAGGGAUGAUAAUAGCACAGGGACUGUAAACAGGACACUCCACCCUGCCUCAGUGCCCCAGGCCCUGUGCAGGCAGCCUCUGCACCCAGCAGCACCCUGCCCUUCCCUGGGCUGUUCAGUGGCAGAGCUCUGUGGAAAGGAGCAGCAGUUGCUGCUGUUCAUGCAUCAAUAGAUUUAGAUGGUGGUCAGCCAUCACACAGUUGUCACUGUAGGAGGCCAUGUCUCCUCUGCUCUCAGCCAUAGAAUCUAUGCUGGAAAAGGCCUUCAAGAUGAAGUCCACCACUAAACCAUAUCAGUUGUCUGUUCUUGAGACCUUUCAGGCUGGUUUUGCCCACAUUGCCCAUGUUGGAGGCUUGGAGUACAAAGGUGACCCCAGUCACUCGGGAUGUUCUGGUUAUUUCAGAGAGCUUUUGGGGGCCAUGGACUGUCAGAGCAGCGUGGGAUGAGGCUGCCCUGCUGGAGGAGGGUUCAGGUCCCCUGAGCAGCAAGAGAGGAAGAGGCAGAUGCAGUCACAUGUAAUGGAGGUGCAAGUGACUUUGCAUGUGUGGGCAAUGAGGCAUUGAAGAGGAAGCCACAGAUACUCAUGGGUUUCUAAACUGGAGCUCGUGGCACUUGCUGUUAACUGUUGGGAACAGGGAGCAUGCCUGGAACUGCACAAUGAGCCUUUAAUCCAGCAUAGCCCUUGCGAGGUGUGGCUGUGCAGGGCCUGAUGCUUCUCUUGCUCUUCCAUGUGGCUUUUUGUUCCUGCCCUUUUCUCACCUAGAGCUCGAAUUCCACUGCUCAAAAAUGUGAUUUUUAGCUGAUGAAAAAGAUAUAUUCACCAGGCCAUGUCCCUGGAACAGCCUCAGCUGGGGGCUGCAGCACCUUUGUAUACAGAGCCAGCGUUCCCUGUGCUGCUGCUGUGGAGAAGAGCUGCCGUCCCCAGCAGCCCCGUGUGCGGCGCACCUCCUCACUGGACACCAUCGUAGGCUCCUACCUGCUGGGACAGUGGCCUCGGGAUGCUGAAGGAGCUUCCACCUCAUGCAUGAAUGACAAAGCUACCCAGCCAUGUUUCUCAUCACUCCAGACUCCAGUGUCCUGGCAUGAUGUGGAAGUGGGGAAAGCCAACUCCAGUGCUCACAAGCGUUCUGCUUCUUGGGGUAGCACAGACCACCGCAGAGAGAUUGCCAAACUGAAGCAGCAGCUCCAGAGAACAAAGCUCCACAGCAGAAGUGGCAGAGAAAAGGAGAAGAGCUCCCCUGUGCAGGGGGACCACGCUGUCCUCCCAUCCCUCCGGGACUCUCCUUCAGGCUUCCCUUCUCCAUCUCCCAUUUUGAGGCUCAGCCCCUGCUUGCACAGGAGCCUGGAAGGCCUAAACCAGGAACUGGAGGAGGCGUUUGUGAAGGAGCAGGGAGAGGAGGAGCUGCUGCGGAUCCUGGAUGUCCCAGAUGGGCACAGGGCACCAGCGCCUGCCCAGAGAGGCUCUGGAGCUGCAUCCCUGGUGCUGGAGCCUGGCAGUGGCAGCUGGAGCAGCCUCUCCCCUUCCCCUUCGGUGCCUCUGCACCUCUCCCCACACCCCCCAGGGAGGCUGACAAUGGAAGAGCCCUCCUGUGCAGUGGAUGAGGUGCAGCCAGAGCCCAAAGAGAAAGAGGAGGGCAGCCCCUCCCCAGUGCUGGCCUUCGCGUCCUCCCCUCGCCCCAACCACAGCUACAUGUUCAAACGGGAGCCUCCGGAGGGAUGUGAGAGGAUCCGGGCCUUUGAAGAAGCUUCCUCCCCCAGCCCUGAGCAGCCUUUCCAGCCCUCCUGCCCAGACAAGAACAAGGUGCAUUUCAACCCCACCGGCUCUGCCUUCUGCCCCGUCAGCCUGGUGAAGCCGCUCUUCCCAAACGUGGGCUUCCUCUUCAGGAGCUUCCCAGCUUCCUCCGUCCCUGUCCCGGGCACGUUGACGUCCUGCCAGCCCCCGGCCCCGUUCCUCGGCGUGCGGAAGGACGCUGCGGGUGGCAGCUUCAGCGACGUGGCCACGGCUCCUGCCCUGAGCUAUGAACCCUGGAAGCGCGGUCAGGCCGAGGAGAGCGUCGUCUUCCACAGCUCCCUGGUGGUGUGAAUCCUCUGGGAGCGCAGCUCUUCCAGCUUCUGGAGAUUGGUGCCUUGAGGGUGGGAUGCGACAGCCAAGAGGCAGCCCUGGGACUGCGCCCCACAGCAGGGUGAUAGAACUGUGAAGCACGGAGAGCCAUGGGAUUCCUGGCUGCUGGAGAGGCUCCUUUCCCUGAGCCUCCCCUCUUCAGAGCACUUCCCUGUG